UCGUUGUAAAACCCACAGACGACGGGAAGUUUCGGUGUCUUUGCCAAUUCGAUACCACGGAGAUGUUCGCCUUCAUCUACCGACAUCUCAUGGCUUCCAAGUGACGGUCGAGUGGUUCGCAUAUCGACGGUACCGGGAGCGGACUGCUUCCAGAGUGUCCGGCGGACAACCGCAGUCGCCGGACGUUCCCCGUAACUUCCGGAUAGGUGAGUUACAAGGUGCGAGGGGAGAGGGACCGCGGUCAUGCUUGUGCAGUGGACCGCCCUGUGGUUGGGCUUUCUCGCCGCCGGUCCACGACCUGCGACUGCCGGUGGGGAAGCCCCUGACUGGAACGAGAUCUUCAGCAACCGGAACGAUGACGAUUGGGCGCGGGUGUGGCACGUGGAACGCCACAGGCGCUGCUACCACGAGCUGCUGUCACACAUGAGCUGGGUCUGCGAGAAGGACAUCUACAAGAUGCGCCGCCGGAAAAGGGACGCACCCCUUGACAAGGACGCCGACCUCGCUGAGGUCUUCCUGAAGCCCGAGGCCGCACUGAGCCUGCUGAGUUCUUCAGCAGCGGGCAAGCAGGCCGGCGGAGGACGACGCAAGUCCUGGCGACGCCAGAGGCUGGGAGUACGAGGCAUCAUGGACGAGUGCUGCGACGUCCAGACCGGCUGCAGUUGGGAGGAGUACGCGGAGUACUGCCCCACUAGUAGGAGGAUACGCAACCGCAGGCGCUAAACCAAACAGUUCCUGCGAACACACAGCUCACGCAUCUCGCACUCUUGAGAACAAAGGGAGUGGCUGGUUUAGAUUAGUUUCGUUUAGUUUAGCUUAGUUUAUUUAUUUCCGACAAGCACGUUUACAUACACGUGUGAAGCACAAGGAAGUAAAAUCAGCUUGAAAAAGCUCCCAUAUUCCUUGUGUACAUGGAAGUGCAGGGCAGAAAACACAGAGUUCACUGAUCAGACAACACGUAAUUACAGUGACAUGAGGACAAGCAGUGAUAAGCAGUACAUUUCGGGAACAAAGUUAUAAUAUCGAAAAAAAGCAUUUAUGUUUGUUGCAUUUUUAGCUGUUAGAAACGCCACUCUUUCAAGAAAUAUUAAAUUUCAUCGUAAAAAGCAGUUCUCGUAUGCUUUUCAUAACAGGCGACUUCCUUUUUUACGCAAGAGGGGUGACUUCCUUGUGUCACUCCAGUUUUGAGUUCCUUCUCACCCCAAUGGAGAACACACACUUUGCUUUGAACAUUGCAGAGCUGGGGACUGAACAAAGACAGAGCGAAAGGUAGAGGAAAGAUAGGCAGGUUAACCAGGAAGAAUUCCGGCUGGCUACUCUGUACGCGGAAAGGGAAAAGGGGGUGCGAAAGAAUGAAAGAGGAGGACAGUCUGUAACGACAUUGCAAGGUCAUGGCAAUAGCACUGUCUAAAAGCAACACAUCAACAUUGUCUGAGACCAGUCAUAACUUUUCCUUCAGUCCGGUUGCUCGAAGGAGGUGGUCGACUGGGCUACUUUGAGAUACAUACGAUCUUGGAUUUACAGUUACGACGUCCCUGUUUUGCGACCGCGCUGUAAAGUGAAGUUCCGGACAGAAUACGAUGAGGUGCAGUCCUUUAUGAUAGAAAGAACUAAAGCUAGAGCUAACUCAGGACCAGAUUGUUUUACUCGCGCGCCCGUGUUUUGAAAACCAUACAGAACCUCGAACCCAGUACGAAACGGCCAGCACAGAAGCUACGAGCGUGGUUACUCCACAGCUCAUGACGAGUGAACGCUGAUGGUCAGUGUGGAAUAAGGAUAGGCCGAACGUAAUAGGGAUCGUUCAUUCCAUGUGACCCUCGGCCUUAACUAGCUGCCUUCCAAAUGCAAUGAAAAUUAUAGCCUAUCCACCCAUCUUCCUAACGAAGCGCCAACAGACAAGGGACGCUGUUUGUCGGUUUUCCUACGUCCCUUCUUCGUUCGUGCGUUCGUUUCGAGGAUAUAUUUAUAACUUUAGUAUAGAUAUAAUAAUAUUUGUUCACGGAGUAGUCAAAACGCAAUCCUAGAGUAAUAAUUCGCAUGCUAAGUGAGCCCACUGGCACUCCCUUUGUUCUGUACGAGUGCGAAGGAAUGCGUGUGACCAGAAGGUGCGCCCGUUGCAGAGGACCUAUAGGCUUGAGAAUGAAUCCCGGUCGUGUUGUGGUAGUGGCUCGUGAUCCCUUCAACGAGGUCAAGAAGAUCCACAUACGGGCAGGGUUACGGGUCUUUUUAACCACCGCAGCCUUUGUCGCGUCCGGCCUGGACACAGCGAUGACUGCGGAUCACAUAGUUACCGAAUCUCCUCAUGUCCCCCGAUAAGAUCCGGUGUUGGUGACUGUCCAGUCAUUUCUUCUUGUGUUGGUGUGCCCUUCACGUCUUUUCGUGUUGAUAGCUGCGGGCAGGCAGAGCAAGGUGUAAGACUGCAAGUGGUUAACGCCUACAUGUAGCCAGUGGUCGGCAGUCUCUCACACAGGUAGCUAGGUCUGCUCCCUUAAGCUAUUAAUUACACUAACAAGUUCAUUCGGCAGUUUUGGAACCUACUGUAACCUCCUUGUAGCCCCAAUCCUACUUCAUCCUCUUAUAAGGUAAAUAUGUGUGCAUAUGCCAUGCAAGCUAAUAACGGGAAAGAGAACUCAGGGAGUUGAUAGCACAUGUCUUCCAUUGCACAACCAAAGUUUAGUCGAUGUAAUCUGUUUACCUGCCUUGACUUCUUGCUUAAUGUUUCUCGUCUUAGUUGCUUACCUAGCUUGCCUGACAGCUUCUGUUGGCGAUGAAGCCUCUUUCGUUCUUUUCUUGGGCGCACUUGUCCAUCUGCCUGUAUAUUACCUCCAAAAUCACAGAUAGUACGUUGUGGAACGGGCAAGAUGCACACCUCAGUGCAAACUUGAUUACCUGGAUGCCUGAUGUCGAGCUUUUUAAGGCGAAAGCCUCAGAUGCCUCAUUAAACGCGAAAAUUGACCGUCCGCGUCGACGUUCAGCGGUGUCGGGGACAAGUAUUGCAAAAAUACAUCAUCACAUGAUGACGUCACCAUAAGAUGUCAUCAUCACGUCACAGAUCGCCAGAAUUUGCUACGUUGCCAUGACAUCAUCAUGACGUCAUCAUGAAGUUACUGUGAUGCCACGUGGUGUAACAUCACCUGAUGUUGUCAUGACAUAUGUCAUCCCUUGGUGGAAGGUGGGCCGAUCAAGGAGGCAGUUCAAAACCAGGUGAGGUGCUUCCGAUCCUGGAGGCAAUGCACAGCCACGUUAGGUGCAGAAUUCUUUCGGCGGGUGACGGAGAAGGAUUAGUACAUCGAAUGAGAAAAAAAAAAUGGCUUUCGCCUUCGUGUCGUCUUAGGUGAAUGCAUAAGGGACCCUGUGAGUUUUUGUUGCCUCGUGGCACCAUCUUGUUUCCAGAGUGACGGGUUGUUUUCUUGUUCUUACUGUCGUUCUUCUUGCAUUGCUGCUUCACCUGUGGCAUCUAGCCAAAGUGCAAAAGCCUUGCGUUUCAGGUGAGCCCUGUUGGUCACCAGCCACACCCCGCUUGACGCAUGCGCUUAAGGAGUCCUGUGAUAAAACGUAGUUGUGAUAUGCAAGAAAGAGCCCUUAUCAGACCGAUCCUAUCGUUGUCCUGGAUGUUUGAGGGCGAUUGUGCGUGCGCGCCUCGAGCGGACGCGCCUUCUGGUCGCAUGAUUGAGAGCCUGAGUCAAAAAACAAGACACACAGCGCGGUGGUAGCGUAUAUCCUUGCUGUCCUUCGACUGCAAGGACAUUCUCGGUGUUCCCCGGAAAGAAAAAAAAAUGUGGACACCGGGUCCUGAUUUUUGCAGGCGAAACGGCCGGUCCUUUAUUACACGCAUCCCAAUCCAUGGAGAAUUCAAGCGCACCGCUUACAACUCUCCAAGGACAGAAUGCGUUCUACUGUAUGUGCUGAGGAGCGUCUGUGCGCAUACUUCAAAUAAAAAAAAACGUCUAUACAAAGGCUAUUCGUAGCCGCCAAGAAAGAAAAAAAAGAAAAUGAGCGCCCAGCGCUGUAGGAGUUGUUGGCGUAAAAAUAAAAU